AUGCCGGUUUACAUUUUUGUGCAGACAGAUCUUAUGUUUAAUGGCGUGUUCAGCGCUGUGACUCAGUUGUCUCAACGUCGUCAGAUUGGUCAUCUUGGAUAUAAGAGCGUGACUAACGCCUGUAUCGUCAAUCGUGAAUCAAUCGAUACCUUCGACAACGCGUACCAUUGGGCUCGAACAACUGCUGUUAUCUUGCGGAACUUUAUGAUCGAGGCGUGUAAUUUGCCCCUCUUUCCCUCAAAUGCGCAAACGACCAUUCCCAACCAAAGAACGACCCGGAUCGAUGCUGCUGGAGAACAAAUCUCGAUCACCAGUCUCGUUGAGGAGGCCGAGCGGGUUCGAGACAGCUAUGACCAGCUUUUCCCUCACUAUCUGCUUCAAGACAGUGCGAACUCUGCGAACUCUGCUCCCGGAUCCUUCGUCCGUCGUGCUGUCAUCGUGGUGCGUGAUACCACGACUGAUACAUGGCGUCUCUACGAUCUCCACACAACUCUGCGCUGGCAACGGAUGCCCAAUCCGAGCACCGAAUGGAAAACGGUUGGAACGGUGACCUGUGUUGGCGGCAUUGUCACAAAAGACGCCAAUGCUGAUGCUUGGAAAAGACUGCUCCUUCUUAUCGAGGAUGACGAUGAUGCCUCUAUGAAACGUGCCGAUGCCAUCGUUGAGGCUCUGGUUGCGGAUCUGAAGAAGCUCGAUGUCAACCCCAACAAGUAA